AUGGCUGUGGGUGAAUGGGAAAGACUGAAGCUUGAAAAUCGGCCAGGCAUGAGCCAUCACCCUUUUUCUGACCUUAGCAGAAAUUUCAAAACCCUGGUUUCUAAUAUAAAGAAAUGUCCCAACUUCUUAGUCACCGGACAGUGGGAAGUUGUUUCAGAAAAGGAUGGGAAACAGGAAUCUGCUAUUGUUGAUGCUGUAAUGAUUUGUUCAGGACAUCAUGUAUACCCCAAUCUACCAAGUGAUUCCUUUCCUGGCUGACAUCAAUUUCAAGGCCACUACCUCCACAGCAGUGACUAUAAGGACCCAGAAGCCUUCAAGGGGAAGAGGGUCCUUGUGAUCGGCCUGGGGAGCUCAAGAUCUGACAUUGCUGUGGAGCUUAGCCAUCUGGCUGCACAGGUCAUUAUCAGCAGCAGAAGUGGUUCCUGGGUCAUGAGCCAGGUUUGGAAUGAUGGCUAUCCUUGGGACAUGGUGUAUGUGACCCGUUUUGCAACCUUCCUCAGGAAUACCCUUCCUUCAUUUGUCUCUGACUGGUUAUAUGUCAAGAAGAUGAACAUGUGGUUUAAGCAUGAGAACUACGGCCUGAUUCCUUUAAAUGGUGCCCUGAGGAAAGAGCCUGUGUUCAAUGAUGAGCUCCCAUCCUGCAUCCUAUGUGGCACUGUGUCCAUCAAGCCCAGUGUGAAGGAGUUUACAGAGACCUCAGCAGCCGUGUUUGAGGAUGGGACCAUGUUUGAGGAUGGGACCAUGUUUGAGGCCAUCGACUCCAUCAUCUUUUCAACAGGCUAUGGUUACGUCUACCCCUUCCUUGAUGACUCCACCAUCAAAAGCAGAAAUAGUGAGGUCACCUUGUUUAAAGGCAUCUUCCCCCCAAAAAUGGAGAAGCCAACCUUGGCUGUGAUUGGCCUUGUCCAGUCCCUUGGGGCUGCCAUCCCCACAGCUGACCUGCAGGCUCGCUGGGCUGCUAAAGUGUUUGCAAAAUCAUGUACUUUGCCAACUACAAGUGAAAUGAUGGAUGAUAUUGAUGAGUAAAUGGGAAAAAAACUCAAGUGGUUUGGCCAGAGCCAGACUCUGCAGACAGAUUACAUCACGUACGUGGAUGAGCUGGGGUCCUUCAUAGGGGCCAAGUCUAACAUACCAUGGCUUUUCCUGACUGAUCCCCAGCUGGCCCCGGAGGUGUUCUUUGGUCCUUGCAGCCCAUACCAGUUUCGACUGAUGGGACCAGGGAAGCGGGCUGGGGCCAGAAAUGCCAUCCUGACCCAGUGGAAUAGGACAGUAAAGCCCACCAGGACGAGAGCUGUCAGUGAAGCUCAGAGACCCCAACACGUUCACAAUUUGCUCAAAAUGCUUUCAUUCCCAGGGCUUUUGCUGGCUGUUUGGCUUACAUUUUAUUAA